CCAGUCUCCCGAGAGCAGUCGCUUCUACGACCUCGCAGCGGAUAGACUCUCGUCGCGUCGUGUCUCUAAACGAAAAGGAGAGAAAAAAAAAGAAACAAAACACGCUCUCUCCUCCGCUCGUCGCGACGGCGAGUGUAAUGGCCACUGUGUGGCCCGCGUUAUAGGAGGCUUCCAACGCGCACCCUCCUCCCCCUCGUCGUUGUCAAUCGCUCCUGCAUCGACGCGCGGGUGCGAACGAACGAAAAACCGAGGUAUUUAAUCGUGCGAAUCGCAUCAUCGCCGUAAGCCGUAGCCGCAAUCGCAUUCGCAAUCGUAAUUAGAAUCAUCGCCGUUGUUUGACCGCGCGGCUUCUAUCGAGCAUCAUCUUUUCUCUCUGAAGUUCGCGGUGAAUAGUGCGUGCGGAUCACAAGUGCCAACAGCCAGUGUGUACCACUACUUCUAUGUGUGCAGCCCAUUGUCGAGUGUGCGUUGUCGCGCUGCCGCUGCCGACGCUGGGAACCCUCGGUGGCCACGGACGGUGGAUUUAUCAGGCGCGGCGUCGUCUCCCCUAGGCGUGCUCCGGAUCUCACCAUCCUUCGCCGCCCCCGCUGACAACCCAUCGACUUGGGCGCAUCGGUAUUGCCUCUCUGGCGUGGACUCGGAUAUUCACUUUUCACCGCUUCGCGGAUUCUGUGUAACGAACUAGAAUACGAAGCAGAUGCAUCGCAAUUUCGUAAAUGUCGCAUCGACGAACUUCGGCAGAACAAUCGCAGUUAAAUUAAAGGGAAUGACAUCCCGUAAGCCAUAAUCGGCCGUUCUCGCGAGUUGACUCUCUAUCCAAUCUCGCCUGCCUUAAACCAGAUGCAAUCGUUCGAGUGCAACGGACGGUUUUCGCAUGGCGAUCCUCGAAUAGAAUUCAAAGGGAAUUGGAGAUCAUACGAUGCGACGCGCGGUCCAAAGGCGCGGAAUAAUUCGGAACAACGACUCGCCUCGCCUCGUCUGCAGAGGAAAACAAUAAUCCCUCCCCGCCGUUAUUAAACGACCGGCGAAUAACACGCGGCUGCAAUAAGCGAAAUCGCCGACUCGGAAGGAAGGUACCCGACGCGUGAGAACCCGAGGAAGGCGCGGAUGACUGCAGUGAGCGCGGCGCUCGCGUCCCAAUUAAAGAAAUGGAUACGGUAAUUGCGAGGCCGCGCCGGCGACUGGAGAUACGGGCCAAUUCGGCGCGUUAAAUGCUGCCCCGGAGAUUCACGUUCCGGCCAAGGCUCUCGCGGAUCUGGAAUGGCCCCUGGGAGCAGAAGCGCGAACGGCAACAGCGGCAUCAACAACGAUAUCGGAACAAACUCAGUUAACAAGCCCCGUGUCGUCGCGCCCGUAUCGGUCGCGCAAGUAGAUAGGUUUUAAAUCGAGUCAACCGCGGCAGAAGGGCAACGAAGUUAGCGCGGCAAAAUAAUCCAGCGGGCUACACCGGGAUUGCGCGCGUCCCCGCGUAUAAUGGAAGCACGUGGGACGGCAGUGGACGCUGCACUAGGAAGAAAUUGAAUCCUAUCUUACACGUCGCUUAAUCGCCCGGCAUCGCGGAGCAAUCAAGGGAGAGAUUUCAGGGCCGACGCGAUGUUGAUACAAGCUGGUUGCAUAGAAGAUACUAUUUAAUCCCAGCUCUUUUUGCUCGAAAUAUUUCGCGUAUAUCGACCGCGUUGUAGUCACAAGAGAGAGAGAGAGAGCGGCAGCUCUGCCAGACUGUAAAACAUAUAACGCGACGUUCGGAAGGAAACGCGCGCCGGAUGUCACGGUUAACGGGAACAAUGCGGUGAGAGGAUCGAGAGACAGCCGGCGAUUUCAGAUAUGUGACAGGAAGAAUCCUGUCGAAGGAAAUCAGUGAUCCCGAUAGAGGAAGCGGGAGAUACACGAGAUAACAACAAGGCCGGUGAAGACUCGUCUCGAACGCACGACAAGUGUCCUUACAGACAGUUGAGCUUGGUCGUGGAGCGGCGCCGACUCUGUUAUGGAAUGAUCCGAUGCCCGAACGGGGCGUCUAGGUGUCCGCGAUCAUCUCUCCCGGUACGAUUCGGUCGAGCAUCAUGACAACGAUGAUUCGGCUGCUCCUCCUAUCCGCCCUGCUGAUCCUGCAGUCCUUCUCGACUGUCUGCUCGGCGAACGGCGACGGCGGGCCCAACAGCCCGAUCUUCAAUCUGGACAAAUCCGCCCUGGAGAAGAACAUCGCGGCGAUCUUCAACAAGGUGGCGCACAGCUCCGCGACCACGAAGCGCAGCGUGCCGGCGUACGACGCCCAGGUGUCGGCCAGCACGACGCUGUCGACGGUGCCGUCGCCGUUGACGACCAGCGCGACCACCAGCACGACCACCGCCAGCCCGUCGGCGCCGAUCGCCAAGUAUCCGGCGGCGCCGCGGGCCACGUCGUCGCCCAUCCUGCGCGAUCUGCCGUCGUACGCGCCGCCCUCCAGGGCGCUCUUCACGCCGCCCCUGCCGCCGGAGUACCUGCACCCGUUCGCCGACAAGCCGACGCUGCGCGGCACCAACUCGGACGUGCACACCGGCAACAGGAGGCCGGUGCCGCCGCCGAGCUUAACGCCGGCGCACGAGCGGAUACCCAUCCGACCGCCGGAUCUACCUCACAGCCCGUCGCAAGUGCCGGAGAAGCAUCAUUCCCACACGAGGAACAAGCCGGCGAGCGUGCCCGACAGCAGGGAGAAGUCCGCGGAGUCCGGCGGGGACGCCGAUCGGAAGAACAACACGAACGACACGUCGUUCGUCACCCUUCACUACCCCAUUAUCUCGAGGAUUUUGUCCGGCAGCAACGGCCGGAAGCAGGAUAUCCCCGACAUACUGCUGAAGCCGUUGGCCACGAAGAGUCCAGUGGUGCCGAACGCACCGCCGGCCGUGACGACCGACAGGACCACGCCGACGCCGAGCACCACGACACCGAGCAGCACGCCGGACCCCUCGAGAACCGUCGUCACGUAUCCGACCAUCUUCAACCUGCCGAACACCGGUCGGCAGGACGACGACGGCUACCAGCUCAGAAACGAGCACGGCGGCCUGAAGAAGGACGGUAUCGAGAUAGUGGACACGGAGAAACUACCGUAUCCGCAGGCGCAGCCGCCGGCGCCGACGUCGAAGCGGCCGACGAGCGCCGACGACGACGACGACGAGCGGGUGCUGCACGUCGAUAGAAAUCCGCUGGAGUCGCCGUGGCGGAUCGCCUGGUCGCUGCACGUGUACCUCUCCGCGAUCAUGUUCACGAUCAUGGCGCUAUACUCGAUCUACAAAAUUGUGCGCUUCAACGAGGCGACGAAUCUGCUCACGCAGUCGUACUUCCUCGCCGUGCAUCUGCUACUCACCACCGUCUGCACUCUGAGGUGUUUCCACCUCUUCUACGACGCGUACAAUCUCGGUCACUCGCUACCGGAGCCGCUGUCCAGGGUGCUGAUGUACCUGCCGGCGCCGCUUCUCUGCACGGCCUUCGCCACCCUGAUGCUGUACCUCGCGCGGUGCUCGGAAGCGCCCUCGCUCAACAACAGCAUCCUCUCGCCCACGACGCUCGUCCUGUCGUCCACGGUGCACAUCGUGCUCUGCGUGUCCCUCCACGUGUCCACGCACGUGUUCGGCUAUCAGGACGAGGCGAGGAUCCUGCCGCUCAUCUGCCAGUGCAUCUACGUCAUGGUGUGCGUCACCCUGGGCCUGUGCUACAUGUACGUGUACCGCGUGGUACGCUCGCAGAUCCACAUGGUCAGCAAUAAGGCAGCCGGCGCGAAUCACAUGAUGGGCGCCGAUCCUACCACGGUUGCGCUCAGCACCGCCAUCACCACCACCAUCGCCACCGCAUUGUUGUUCAUUCUCAUGAGUUUUAUACAGCUGUACGGCAUAUUCGGCGUGCAGGAACGGCCGCAGCCGUAUCCGUGGCUCUGGUGGGGCUGGCAGUUCUCCGCCAGACUGGUGGAGCUGGCUGUCUGCGGUCUUCUGGCGUGGGUCGCCAGCCUGUCGCAGUAUCCGCUGCGCGAGAAACAGAUGCAGCAGCACUCGGCGCACUCGGGCUUCGCGCUGUUUCCCUGCGGCAGCUCCACCUCCACGGAGAACAUGGACGACGUUCUCUAUCCCGCUAUAUGCAGCACCAACCAAGCGAUUCAGAAUUAUACCAUGAGAACGGGAAAGCAGGUUUACGACGACAGUUUUCCGCUGAAUACCCUGCCCGAGCAUUUGAACAUAUCAGGUACCUUCGAGAGACAUUCCAUUCGCAAGUCAGGCACGAUGGGCCACUUCCCACAUGAAGGUCGAGGUUCCUUAAGUCGUCACGGUAAUGGCAUACAAACUCUAAGGAAUUCCGAGACUCGCGGCAGGCACACACCCGUUCAAGGCCUACACGAACAAGCGGCUCCGACUAGCGGCUCGACGAUGCUAGUCGCCGAGGACGGCUUCGUCAGGUUCCGGAGUCUUGGCGCGGAGGACGACGAACUGUCCGAUACGCAGAGCAUGGUCGGCACUCACGGCAGAGGAAGCUCGCUCGCCGGUAGCGUCAGGUACAACGCGAGGCAUCCGACGCUGCAGCAUCAGCAUCCCCAUCACCAGCUGCAGCACUCGCAUCCGAGUCAGCAUCAAACUCACCAUCAGCUUUACAACAACACGUAAAGGCUGUGCCAACGCGAUGACUAGAACGUGAUUCUUGUUGACUCGACAGACAUAAUAAUCGUCAUCGAUGAAACUUAGGAUGUAUCGACACACGCGGGAAUCGUCGCCCUCGCAAACUUCGGUCUAAACUCGAGAACUAAUUUUAUCUCGUAUUCUAUGUAAGAUAUGUCCUGUGUAUAGACAACCUAAUUGCCAUUUCCGCUCUCCUGCUUCGCAUCGACGUCCGAGCCAAGCCUCUGCCGUACGAUACCUAUACAUAUUUAUUUUGAUCCUCGAGUAAAAGUAUACGGCGAACUCGUUUUGGGUUCCUCUACCUGUAUGUGGAUAGUUCAGGGUAUAUCGAAACUUGAUCUUAUAUUAGGCACUUGGUACUUAUUAAGAUUCAUGUGAUUAAAAAAAAAAGCAUAAAGAAAUAAUGUGUCUCACUGAAAUAUAUAGCGAAACGCUUCUCUCUCGGUUUUACGUUCACUGUUAGUACCGAAUACGGCUGUGUGGAACGUAUUGGAGGAACAAGUGAUUUUAAAUCGGUUCUAAUGCCACAACGCGUUAAGGUGUUCUAAGCAAACGUUGCCAGUUAUUCAUUACCGCGUGAUAGAAGACUUGGACAAAUGUUGUAUCGCCCUAGCCAGAAUUUUUAUAAUCACCGUAGGCUCAUUGUUUUACAUAGUCGUAUGUAACGUUAAAGCGCUCCGAGUAAUCACCUGUUCGAUCGGUACUUAUUCUUCGUUGCAAUCUCUCGUGAAUUCGAUAUAAAAGCAGCUUUGCGACCAGCAGGAAAUAUAUUUUUUACGAAAAAAAAGGAGGAAAAAAAUUGCUCGCGAGGUCCAAACACAACUCGGGAAAACAAUUGCGAUUCCCAUUCGGGUAUUUCCGAGAUUAGGAUGUGAUUGUGUCAAGCUGAAAGCGGCGUUUGUCCAGUCAACGAUAAUUUAUCACUCAGUCCAAUUGUACGAUUUAGUUAGCGGCUAAGACUAGAUUAAGAAUUGCGGGUUACGUUAAGUUUAGCCAUUAAGUUAGACGAGUCGCGACUAAUGUCAACAGGUUCAAUAAACCGAAGGGGAAUAAGAAAGA